AUGUCUACCCCGGCGAACCAGCAAUCGUUCACCUUAAACAACGGAGUCAAGAUUCCCACCGUUGGUUUCGGUACAUUCGCCAAUGAGGGAUCCCAGGGUGAGACAUACAAGGCAGUCACCAAGGCCCUAGAGGUUGGUUACAGACACCUCGACUGUGCGUGGUUUUACAAGAACGAGGCCGAAGUCGGCGAGGCACUCCGCGAUUUUCUCGCGAAGAACCCGUCGGUGAAGCGUGAGGAUAUCUUCAUCUGCACCAAGGUUUGGCAGCACCUGCACGAACCCGAGGAAGUUAAGUGGUCGUUGGAGAACUCCCUAAAGAACUUCGGUCUUGACUACGUCGACCUGUUCCUCAUCCACUGGCCCAUCGCUGCCGAGAAGAAUGAGCAAUACAUGCCCAAGCUCGGCCCUGACGGCAAGUAUAUCAUCAAGAAGGGCCUCACAGACAACCCUGAGCCAACAUGGCGCGCGCUAGAGGAGCUGUACGAGCAGAAGAAGGCUCGCGCGAUUGGUGUCUCCAACUGGACGGUCGCCGGCCUAAAGCAGCUGCUGGGAUUCGCCAAGGUUGUGCCGGCCGUAAACCAGGUUGAGGUGCAUCCCUUCCUGCCGAACCAGGAGCUCAUCGACUUCUGCCGGGAGCACAACAUCCUAAUCGAAGCAUUCUCUCCGCUUGGAUCACAAGACCAGGUGCCCAACACGGGAGAGAAGGUGCGUGACAACAAGCAACUCAAUGAGGUCGCGCAGCGCAGUGGCAACACCCUAGCCCAAGUUCUACUGGCCUGGGGUAUCCGUCGUGGCUACGUUGUGCUACCCAAGAGCGCCACCCCCUCUCGCAUCGAAAGCAAUUUCCAAAUCCCUGAGCUGUCGGAUGCCGACUUUGAAGCCAUCAAUGCGGUUGCCAAGGGCCGCCAUUACCGCUUCGUCAACAUGAAAGACACCUUCGGCUACGAUGUCUGGCCCGAGGAGGCCGCAUAA